CUGAGCCCCCGCCCAGCCCAGAAACCCCACUAGCCUGGGGCCUCAGAACAGCCACGCCACUCCCUCCUAAGAGCCCACCGCGCCACAGCUUGGAGGAAGAGCCUGCGGGGAACUGGCUGCAGGACGCUCUCUUCUUGAGUGCAGGUGCUGGCUCUGCUGUGACCAUGCCUGUGACCUUUGCCCUCCUGCUCCUCCUGGGCCAGGCCACUGCGGACCCAUGCUACGAUCCACAGGGCCGCCCCCAAUUCUGCCUCCCGCCAGUGACACAGCUGGCUGCCGUGGCGGCCUCCUGCCCUCAGGCCUGUGUCCUGUCCCCAGGAAAACACCUUGGCCCCAGGGAAACCUGCAAUGGCAGCCUGACCUUGGCCCUGGGUGGCCCCUUCCUCCUGACAUCUGUCAGCUUGCGCUUCUGCACCCCAGGACCCCCAGCCCUCAUCCUGUCUGCUGCCUGGGCCUCAGGGGGUCCCUGGAGGCUGCUGUGGCACAGACCUGCCUGGCCUGGCACCUUGGGGGGCCCUGAAAGGGUGACCUUCCACUCCACACCAGGUCCUAAGGCCACUGUGGCGGCCAGCCACCUCCGUGUAGAGUUCGGGGGCCAGGCCGGGCUAGCGGCAGCUGGGCUGAGAGGCCGCUGCCAGUGUCAUGGCCACGCUGCCCGCUGUGCCGCCCGUGCCCGGCCCCCCCGCUGCCACUGCCGCCACCAUACCACUGGCCCAGGGUGCGAAAGCUGCCGCCCGUCCCAUCGAGACUGGCCCUGGCGGCCUGCCACGCCCCGGCACCCCCACCCUUGCCUACCCUGCUCCUGCAACCAGCAUGCCCGACGCUGCCGGUUCAACUCUGAGCUGUUCAGACUGUCGGGCGGCCGGAGUGGGGGUGUUUGUGAGCGGUGCCGCCACCACACAGCCGGGCGGCACUGCCACUACUGCCAACCUGGGUUCUGGAGGGACCCUAGCCAGCCUAUCUCCAGCCGCAGGGCCUGCAGGGCCUGCCAGUGCCACCCUAUUGGGGCAACAGGAGGAACCUGCAACCAGACCAGUGGGCAGUGCACCUGCAAGUUAGGGGUCACAGGCCUGACCUGCAACCGCUGUGGCCCUGGCUACCAGCAGAGCCGUUCCCCCAGGAUGCCCUGCCAGCGAAUUCCAGAGGCAACAACCACCCUUGCCACUACUCCUGGUGCUUAUAGUUCUGACCCUCAGUGUCAAAACUACUGCAAUAUGUCGGACACCAGGGUACACAUGAGCCUUCGGAGGUACUGCCAGCAGGACCAUGUUCUCCGCGCGCAGGUGCUAGCGUCCGAGGCGGCGGGCCCAGCAUGGCAGCGGCUGGCCGUGCGCGUGCUGGCCGUUUAUAAGCAGCGGGCGCAGCCCCUGCGACGCGGCGACCAGGACGCCUGGGUGCCCCGCGCCGACCUGGCCUGCGGCUGCCUGAGCCUGCAGCCAGGCACCGACUACCUGCUGCUGAGCAGCGCAGUGAGCGACCCCGACCCCACGCGCCUCAUCCUCGACCGCCACGGCCUCGCGCUGCCAUGGAGGCCGCGCUGGGCCCGGCCCCUGAGGCGGCUGCAGGAGGAGGAGCGCGCCGGAGGCUGCCGCGGCCUGCGGGCACCCACACCCAGCCCCAGGCCGGACCACUAGACGUGAGAUGGGGCUGCCUCAAACGCCAACAAAGUAAUCUGGGAGCCACUAGGAGCUGAGCCUUCUACCUCGACGGUGCACCGUAGAGAGCAAAUCAGCCGUCGCAGAGCCCCGACGACACUGUGCAUGCGCCCAUGCCGCGCAGGCGUGCGGAACUUUUAGCAAAAGGCAGCAAGCGGGACUUCUGAUUCCAACAGUUCCUCCUUUGGCCUGUGGCUUAUUCCCCGCCAGUGAUCUAUUUCCCCCAAUAAAGUCUCAAAUCUUGGGGAA